CGGAACCAAACCGGCCUCGAAGGUAUAUACGCUCGCUUUCCGCCAGCUCGAACUUGAUUCCCUUUUCUUCUCCAAAUUCGAAAAAUUCCAACUUUGCUUGUGAUCGUUGGCCUUUGUUCGUGGAAUCACACGUGAUUGCCAAGACUUGUUUGAUCUAUUCUUCGUAUCGACUACUCUUCUUGCUCUUGGGGGUAGACGUACUCGCGGUCGAUAUACUUCUGUUAGAGGACGUGUCUUGUCCAGCCAGACACCAUGUCUCCUUACCUGAGCAGCGGCAUCGACCAUGAUGCAGAGGUCAGACCAACUGACACCAAGCAUGUCUUCCCACACAUCGACGCCGACCCAGCCGUGCUCCCAUCCUCCCUCGACCCCUUCACCAUCACCACCCACACGGGCUUCAUGCCCUUCCAAACUCCCAUCGUCGAACUUCCACCAGCAUACAAAGCUCUGACGAAGCUCUGCGAUGAGAUGCCUAUCGUCAAGCUUGACGGUACUCCAGGUCUGCUCGCAUCGUACCAGCUCGGUCCGACCGUCGAUGAGGUCAAGCCCCUGGCUGACCUGACGGAUGAGAUUGACAAGCUCGUCGCUCCUGACGGGAAGCCGGAUCUCGUCAUGGUGACGGCCAUCUUCCGUGACUAUGCUUUCCUUGCGUCGGCGUACUUGUUGGAACCAUGCUGGGAGCGAUGGAAUAAAGGGCUCGAGGGGUAUGGACUUGGCCGUCAGGUCUUGCCUGCUUGCAUUGCUCGUCCGUUGGUCAGGACUGCGAAGCUCCUCGACAUCCCUCCCUUCAUGGCGUACGCCGCUGCUUACAGUCUCUUCAACUACCGCUUCGAAGACGCUUCCAUCGGCGCCACGGCUUAUUCCAAUCUGCGCAUGAUCCGUGCCUUCGAACGUGGUCUUGACCCAUCCUCUUCCGAAGCUGGCUUCGUGUUGACCCACGUCGACAUGGUGAAGCACACCGGCGGUCUCAUCACCGGCGCCGUCUCGCUGCUCGACUCCGUCGCCGCAGGUUCGGACACCGGCCCCAUCGUCGACGCUUUCGAGCUCAUGCUGUCCACCAUGCGUGUCAUUGAAGACAGCAUGGAGUCGAUGUGGUCCCACUCCAAACCCGCCGAGUACCUGUCCUACCGAACCUUCAUCUUCGGCAUCACCAACCAGUCCAUGUUCCCCCACGGCGUCGUCUACGAAGGUGUGAACACGGACAACCGGCCAAUGUCGUUCCGCGGAGAGUCGGGUGCCAACGACGCUAUCAUCCCGCUCCUCGACUCGCUGCUGCAGAUCCCCAUGCCAGCCAAUCCUCUGACUGAGAUUCUCAAGGACUUCCGUAACUACCGUCCGAAACCUCAUCGUGACUUCCUCGCAUACGUGCGUGAGAAAGCGGAAGAGGUUGGAGUGCAGGAGUACUGUAUGAAAGACUUGCAUACCAAGGUGUUGUAUCUCCGCUUACUGGAGCAUGUUCGCAGCUUCCGCUGGCGUCAUUGGCUUUUUGCUCGGGAGUACAUCAUUCGUCGCACGGCUCAUCCGACUGCGACGGGGGGAAGUCCAAUCGUGACGUGGCUGCCGAAUCAGCUGUUCGCGGUUAUGGGAUUGAUGAGAGAGGUCUGGGAGAGUGUUGUUGUCAAGGAGAGAGAGGGGUUGGGCAAGACGGUGAAUGAGAUGAUGGAAAAUGUCUACGAGCAGGACGCGAAGCUCAGGAAGGAGGUCGAUAAGUGGUGCCAGGAGCGUGGCGUCUGA